CUGCAAUAUCAAUAUACAUAUAAACAUUUCUUCAAUUUGCCAUAUUACGUAAUAUACGUGUAAUAAAUUAUAGUGUUGCUGUUCUUAUAGAUCAAUGAAAUUUGAUUUGUUUUCACAGUAUAUAUAAUAAAAUAUAAAGAGUACAUUAAUUCUUUAUGUUUUCUGUUUUUAAAUAUGAAAAGUGGAGGAUUGAUGAAAAAUUGUAAUUGGGAAAAAAGAUAAUGUAUUCAAUUUACACAACUAAAUAUUAUCUAAUUGCAAAAGAUUGUAAACAAACUUGAAAAUAAAUAAAUGGUUUUUGUUUAAAAAAAUCUAACUGUUACAGAUAUUUAACAGAUAACAUAAACUAUAUAUAUAAAUAUAGAAUAACAAGUAUAAUAGCGAUAGUAGUAGUAUCGACAAAUAGUAUUAAUAGGACUGUCUUAUUUGAGAAAUAUUCUGCAUGCAAUUAAAUGUACAUAUAGGAGUCGUAUAGAUAUUUUUAGUAAGCAGUAUUCAAAAUUAAGAAUUCUGGUAGGUUAUUUUUAAAAAUAUUGAACAAUUUUCAUCUACAUUCCUUAUUUUUAUACGAACGAUCCUAAAUGUUAGAAGAUUUAUUGCCUAUAUUAUUAAUAAAUUUAUACCAAUUCAUAUAUGUAUAGGUCGAUCAGUAUGUGUUUCACAUACGCGCAUGCGUGUAUGCGAUAUAUAUACGAUGCGCUAUGCAUAGAUGAGUAUAGUAUCUUUGUAAUAAUAAAGUAAUUCUUAUAAAGUGAUGUAAAAUAAUGAUGUGAUAAUUAUAAAUAUAACAAUAAAAACAGAAAGAAUGAACAAGUUGAUAUCUUAAAAGUUAUGAAAUCAGGAUAUGGUUACACAAGUUGUACAGUAAGAAAAUAGGUGCAAAAAGAAAUAGAUAGACUUUGAUGCAAAAUCUAUUCAAACUGACAUAGCAGAUCGUUUCGCAUAGAAGAAUGGGGAGAAAAUCAUGUUGAUUUAAAGUCAUAUCGGUUAUUUAUAUAUUGAGUAAAAUAUGUUAAUAACAUUAAUAAUCUUACAAAUAUAAGAUUAUCUUCUGUUUUUAAUAUAAAAUCAACCUUAAAACUUUCAUCCUUACAAACUUAAAUGAAAUAUGGAACAUAACCAAGAGAAUAGGGUUUGAUCUAUUUUUCUAUAAAGAAAAAAGUAGGAGGCACGUUUAUGUUGUUCGGUUUACACUUACGUGUACAUCAAGUGAAAUGAAUAAUCUGUUACAUGUUCGUAAUAUUCGCAAGGGAUGGCUGAAAAGGAGGCAAAGAUUGAAUACGUGACAGAACCUUGCCCUAUUAAACCUCGUAAAAUAGGUCCACAGAACAUAGUAUUACGCCUGAAACGUCGGGAAACAUUUGGUUGUUCUUAUCCAGGAACACACGUACACUGUGCUAGACAGUUUUAUCAAAACGUAUUUCCAAAUUUCACUGUUAUGAAUGUGGAGAAACCUCCAUGUUUCCUUAGGAAAUUUAGUCCUGAUGGUCGUUAUUUAAUAGCAUUUAGCGCAGACCAAACUUCUAUAGAGGUUUAUGAAUAUCGUGGUGCAUCUGCGGCUGCUGAUUUAUUAGCAAAUUGUGAAGGCGAAUAUAUUGGUCAUAAGAACGACGAAUGUAGUUUCCAAAUUAGAAGGAACAUUUUUAGUCGAUUUUUUAAGGUUAAAUGGAUUGUUAAUGUGGUUCAAAGUAAUGAACAAUUGAACAGAGAAUGCAGUUUAUUUACAGAUGAUGGGCGGUAUGUAAUUGUUGGUUCAGCUGCACAUAUUCCGGAUGAAUUGAGACCACAUUUUUAUCAGAUUUAUUCUAACAAUGAAGCGCUGACUCCAAAUCCUAGAUCACCUCUUGAAGAUUAUAGCUUACACCUUGUCGAUUUACACGGAGGGAAAUUGUGUGAUACUAGACAUUUUAAAGUAGAUAAAAUAUAUUUGUCUCAUAAUCAAGGCCUCUAUCUUUAUAAAGAUAUAUUGGCAGUACUGUCUGUACAACAUCAAACCAUUCAUAUAUUUCAAAUUCUCGAUGGGAUGUUUAUCAAUGUUAGAACAAUAGGAAGGUUUUGUUUAGAGGAUGAUGCAUAUUUGGUCAGAAGUGCGUGUCCAGGAGUGAACUGUCGUCCGUUUAGAGAUGUCACAAUAAACUGUCUUAAACAUAAAUUAUUGGUUUAUUUGUACAAAAGGGCGGCAUAUAUUAGCGAUACAACAAAGGAUCCGUACGAGCUGAGACGUUUUUAUCAGUAUUUUGACCAAUUAAACUCAUUACGAAUGUGGAAAAUGCAGUUAUUAGAUACAAAUCAUGUUCUUGUAAGAUUCGCAAGUGAAGAAGUGGCGACGCUUCAAGCAAACGAACCUAAUGUACAACCUGCACUUCUGGUAGUUUAUGAUAUGGUCACUGCUAAAAUAAUAGCUGCAUAUGAUAACACAUCAACACAAUUAUUAACACAAUUUGAAAACUUCAGCGAUUUCUUCAGGAAUGCUAGAAUGAGUGGUGAUUGUCAGUAUAUGUGUUCUCCAUCUAACAAUAUAUAUGCAAGAUUGUUACAACAGAGAUUUAAACAAACAAUAAUAAGUGCCAGAUACGGUGGUGUUACAGAAGCUACGAAAAGAUUACUUGCUCAAUUGCCUAUAUGCGCUCAAUCCUACUCUAGUUCUCCGUACCUUGACUUAUCCCUAUUUUGUUACGAUGACAAAUGGGUAUCUAUGAUGGAGCGUCCCAAAGCUUGCGGCGAACAUCCUAUACGGUUUUACGCUCGUGAUUCUGGUCUUUUAAAAUUUCGAAUGUAUGCGGGAAUGUUAGGUCGUACAACACCUACAGCUGCGAGACGACUAGUUGCAUUUACCUUCCAUCCAACAGAUCCAUUUGCUAUUUCUGUUCAACGAACAAACGCAGAAUACAUCGUCAGUUUUCAUGUUAGGCACGUUUAACUUUUCAUCGAAGUAUUUCAACGUAUUACAUUUUUCCGAUGAAUACGAUCUCAUUGUACAGUUUCAAUAAUAAUCUUAACUUUUCCAAACUGAAGAAUUAUUAAAAAAAAAAAGUUGAUGUAAAUAAUUUUAUUACGAAAAUACGAUUAAUUGGAUUUUGUACUUCGUUGAUACUUCUCUUACUCUUCAUUAACAGUAGAGCUUCGUAUAAUCUUGGAUAUGACGUUCUAUGUUCUAUAAUCCUCAGUAUAAUAAAUAUACGUUAUACAGGGUGGUUGGUAACUGGUGGUACGAGCGGAAAGGGGGUGAUUCUACGCGAAAACAAAGCCUCAAACGAAAAAUUUGUAUUCUAUAUUUUCGACUUCUUUUUUCGCGUAGAAUCACCCCCUCUCCGCUUGUACCACCAGUUAUCAAACACCUUGUAUAACUUUCACGAGUUACGCAUACGUUAUAUGAAACUGUUGCCAGCUAUUCUUCUAUUAAUGAAGCAAUUUCAAAUGAUCAAGGUAUUAGGUAAUCCCAUAAGUUCGUGCCGUUUUUCGAGCGGUUAUAUAUGUUAAGAUUGUUUACAUACCUUUCAGUUUCAUGAAAAAAUGUAAUCCCCCUCUCGUUGUACAACUUCUUCCCAUUUUUCUGGUAGGGCCAUUAUUCCGUCUCGAUAAAAGUUCCCUUGUUUUUCUUUAAAAUAUGAAAUGUAUACGACAAAAGUCGGCACGAACUUAUGGGAUGACCAAAUAUUAAGCCAUUUGGAAAUAUGUAACUUAGUGUUAUAAUGUUUUAUUAUAUACUGACCAACUAUUAAAUUUAAA